AUGAAGAGCAUCAACUUCACCGACAACUUCGUGCCAGAGGGGAAACCGGAUGGUAGAGGCAUAGGACAAGCAGUUACAAUCGGUGCUGGUGUUCAACUAAAUGAGCUGUACGAGGCUGCCGGCAAGAGAGGACUGACACAGGUUAUUGGUCUGUCAACUACAGUUGGAGCAGCUGGUGGGUAUAUCCAGGGUGGUGGCCAUUCACCCCUGGGCCCAUGGAAGGGUAUGUCCACCGAUCAUGUACUGGAGUACAAAGUGGUAACUGCAGGUGCAAAAUUCGUGACUGCAAAUGAAUAUCAAAAUUCCGACCUGUUUUGGGCUCUAAGAGGUGGAGGAGGAGGAACGUUUGGCGUCGUCACCAGUGUUACUCUUCAGACCUUCAAGGACCCUCCUACCAUCGUGUCACAGGUAAACAUCACCAUGGAUGGAAAGGCAAACGAGUCAUACUGGGCUUCAGUCGAGAAAUUCCAAGCAUACUUGCCUACCCUUAGCGAUGGUGGCUGUUCAGGCUAUUAUUACAUGCUUCCCAAUGUUACCCUAGGCCCACAAAGCGCAGCUGUUAUUAUUGCCGCAUUUUACUAUGCAAACAAGACAGACAAAGCACAUGUCGACAACCUCUAUAGGCCCCUUUUUGCCAGCCUCUCCUCAAUCCCUGGAAUCAACGUUGCCAGCGUUAGCGUCCCAGUUUCGUCGUCAACUGAAGCUUUCAGGUCCGCUUUUGAUCAGAAACCACCUCGAGACGGCGGCGGAGUAAAUAUCCUAGGCUCAAGAUUAUUCUCCAGGAAACUCCUUGAGACUCCAGGAGGUGCAGCAAAUCUCACCACUGCGCUUUCCAAGCUGGAUUUUAAAAAUCUGCAACCUGCCAUUGGACAUCUAGUUGCUGGCGGACAAGUCGCUAAGAACACACAUAUUCAAAGUGCGCUCAAUCCUUCAUGGAGAAAAGCAUUGGUUCACCUUGUCAUCAGUCGUGACUGGAGUAUCGACUCCACCUUUGCAGAACAGGAGAAGAUUUCAACCAAAUUGACUGCGGAAGAAAUACCAUUGCUCGCUGCUGUGGAGCCUGAUAUGGGUGCUUAUACCAAUGAGGCUGAUGUGAACGAGCCAAGGUUUCAACAGACCUUCUGGGGCACUAAUUAUAAUACUCUUCUCCGUGUGAAGAACAGAUGGGAUCCAAGGGGCCUCUUUUUUGUCCGUUCGGGAGUAGGCAGCGAGGCUUGGGAUAAACAAGGGUUGUGUCGGGUCUAA